CUCCUCCUCCCCCACCCUCCACUUCUUCACUUCCCCAACAACAACCCGCUCACUCACUCAACCAUGGCCAUUACCAAAGUUCACGCCAGACAGAUCUUCGACUCGCGCGGCAACCCCACCGUCGAGGUCGAGGUCACCACCGAGCACGGUGUCUUCCGCGCUGAUGUCCCCUCGGGUGCCUCCACCGGUAUCCAUGAGGCCCUCGAGCUCCGUGAUGGCGACAAGAACGCCUACGUUGGCAAGGGUGUCCUCAAGGCCGUCGAGAACGUCAACAAGCACCUCGGCCCCGAGCUGGUCAGCGCCAACAUCGACGUCCAGAACCAGACCGCCGUUGAUGAGUUCUUGAUCAAGCUGGACGGAACCCCCAACAAGUCCAAGUACGGUGCCAACGCCAUCCUCGGUGUCUCCAUGGCCGUCCUCAAGGCCGGUGCCGCCGCCAAGGGCGUCCCCCUCUACCGCCACAUUGCUGACCUCUCCGGUCACGGCGACAAGAAGUUCGUCAUGCCUGUCCCCGCCUUCAACGUCAUCAACGGCGGCUCCCAUGCCGGCAACAAGCUCGCUAUGCAAGAGUUCAUGAUCCUCCCCACCGGCGCCUCCUCCUUCGCAGAUGCCAUGAAGAUUGGCUCCGAGGUCUACCACACCCUCAAGGCCGUCAUCAAGAAGAAGUACGGUCAGGACGCCACCAACGUCGGUGACGAGGGUGGUUUCGCCCCCAACAUCCAGGAUAACGCCGAGGGUCUCGAGCUCCUCAAGGAGGCCAUUGCCAAGGCCGGCUACACCGACAAGGUCGAGAUUGGCAUGGACGUCGCCGCCUCGGAGUUCUACAAGGAUGGAAAGUACGAUCUUGACUUUAAGAACUCCGAGUCUGACGCCUCCAAGUUCUUGACCGGCGAGGAGCUCGCUGCUUUGUACAAGGAGUUCACGGCCAAGUACCCUAUUGUUUCGAUCGAGGAUCCCUUUGACCAGGACGAUUGGUCUGCUUGGUCCCACGUUACCGGAUCGACCGACAUCCAGAUCGUCGGCGAUGAUUUGACUGUCACCAACCCUCUUCGCAUCGAGACCGCUAUCGAGAAGAAGGCCUGCAAUGCUCUCUUGCUUAAGGUCAACCAGAUCGGUACCAUCACCGAGUCCAUUAAGGCUGCUGUCCUCUCUCAGCAGUCCGGAUGGGGCGUCAUGGUCUCUCACCGCUCCGGUGAGACCGAGGACCACACUAUUGCCGAUAUUGUUGUCGGUCUCCGCACCGGUCAGAUUAAGACCGGCGCUCCUUGCCGCUCCGAGCGCUUGGCCAAGUACAACCAGCUGCUCCGCAUUGAGGAGGAGCUCAAGGGCGACUCUAUCUAUGCUGGAAAGAACUUCCGCAAGGCCCAUCUCUUGUAAAUAUCUCCCCGCACACAAACAUAUAUACUCACAUACAAAAAGUAAUACAAUCAUUGCAUAGCAAUAAAGAAGUCGGCUCCCAUGCUGAUUUGUUCUGAACUCCAU